AUGGGGCGAGCCAGCGCUACAGAAAUCGCAGAAUCCCUGCGGCAAACCUCCAGCGCGGGUAAUCGCAUCUCGGCCAUCAUCUCCCUCGGCAAAGCACUCCGGCGCAAAAACUACUUCCACCCGUUAUGGGCGGCCGUUGGCGGAGCCGCGGGCCUCGCUGCCCUCAUGGCCGAGUUCAGCGUGUACGACGUACAAAUGCUCUGCAAGAAGCUGGGACGCACUUCGUCGACGAUAAAUGUGAGGGCCGAGAGACGGGCGGCGCUCGGGGAGCUUGUGAGGCUUCUCUUUGAGCAGCCGCAGGACAACAGGCCGUUAAGGAAAUUCUAUCAGGACAUCGUGCCCGCGUGUGAGCUGGAGGUGGUGAGAGAGUGGGAGGAGAAGGGAGUCGAGUGGACUCCUUUCCAGCAAAAGGCGGUAGCGCUUGGGCACCGUGGACGAUACGAGGAGAAGUUUCUCGCCGAGAUAUUCACGCCCGACGCGGUUGAUACCAAGUUCAAGAAUGAGAGGAAGCUUUUUGGCGGGAACCUGCUGUUAUGCGAAAAGGUUCUGGAAAAGCUCCUGGCGAUAGAGGGGGACGUGGUGAUACCGAACGACUUCUUCGACGAGUUUGCCAUGCCGUUGCUGAAGCGUCUCGCCAAGAAACGGGCUGAUAUCGAGACCCGUGUGAAGUUCCUGGACUACGUGAUUCGGUCCAUCCAGAAAUUCCCCGAUCAGCUGGUCAGCCAGCUGCACGUCGGCCAAGGCGGACUGAUCCAGUACACUAUACACCGGUGGAACGAGGCGCCGGCGGAAAGCAAGGAACAGCUGAAGGAUUACUUGGUGGUGCUGCUUGAGCUAUACCCCGCAGAAAAACGAAGGCUCGAUCUGGCGGAUUUGCAUCGACUAAUCAGCAUAAUCAAGAGCCCGGAGGCGAGAUACGAGCUCCUUCGGCUGGUAUUCCGACACAUCAAGACUUACGGCAUCGACAUCGACGAUGGAUCGGACCAGGGCCUGGCUCGACUGCGAAGCCUACCCGUGGAGGGCGACUUGUGGCCUGCGAAGCUGUUCUUUUCCAUCGACGUCGAGAACGCAAGACGCUUGUUUGAGAGACUUGCCGAGGCCCAUCCUAGUGGCGACUUCAUUGCUUCCGUCACUGGUUCCUACGAGAGGACAGUGCUGAAGCAGACCCGAAUCCCAAGUGGAAGUCGCCAUGCAGAUCCCGAGAUUAUCAGGUCUCUCCUCGCCAAGAAAUCCCAAGUUGCGUUUGGCGAGGCGGCAUGGCGCGACAGAGCUCGCGAGUUGGUGAAGGAGAGGAGGAAGAAGGCGCUGCAAGCACGCGAAGCAAUAGACCGCGCCUUCUGGGCCAAGUCAGCACUGCGUCUAUGCGUCGCUGCGGGUGACCUGGAGUCACUGGGGAGCGCGGUCAUCUGGGCGCGCCGCUUUAUCAAGGAUUCGCUAGCCUCGAGAGAGCUGUUCGGCGCCGACAUCCUAGAGACCGCGGAACUCCAGGCCCUCCUGUGCGCCGUCCCGGAGCGUGACACACCGGCGGCGGCAGCUGCUACAGCUUCGUCGGUAGAGACAGACGUCGGCCUCGCGAACAUGAUUCUCGUCAACCUCGUUGAGACCGCGACCAUGGCCGUUCAAGAACCGUCGUUCGACAGUUCGUCAUGGCGUAGUCUGCUUCAACUCCCCCAGGCCAUAGCAGACCUCCGACUUAAAAAGAGCACCACCGAAUUUUUCCACGAGAUGACAAAGUUGGAGGAUCGUGACGAGCAACUCACAGAGAUUGCAAGGGUUCUAUGGAAGCCCACGAUGGACGCCCUUAUCGAGGUGGAAGCGCUCUUAUACACACCCGCGUCCAAGGCACUUGUGGCAGCCUCGUACGGGGCAGUUUCGGGGAUUUACGUGCUCGACAAGCUCCUGGGCGUGAGCUCUGCGAUGGUAGCGGAACUCGCCCGUUUUGUCUUAGAAAGGAUGAAGGCUCGCCUCGGGCCCGACAGACUACGAGUACAGAUGGGCAGCGUCGUCCAUAUCGUCCUCCGCGUUGCCCGUAGCGACCAGCCGUCCCUGGCCAUCCCGUUCAUCCGCGACCUGACUCUCUACGGGGACGAUAACAGCUCGUGGCACAGGCAGCUUGUCAACGUCGGGUUCCUUUCUUCCUUACCUGCCAAAGCGGCCCGGGAGUUCCUGGAGGGCAUGGCCAGCGCCUUCAGAGACAAGAUGCGGGAGCAGAAUGCGCGGCCCUUGGCGGUGGACGGCAAGCCGCAGCCGUCGGUGAUCAAGGUUACGACGAUCAAGAUGAUGGCACAGGUGUUGGAAAACAACCCCUUCAUCAGCGUGAACUUGUCUUGCGACAUCCUCGUUUCACUGCUGUCGGAGGCAAGACACAUCGAUGCCAGAAUCACCAUCGUCAGCAGCCUGAUUAGCACGAUGGAGGUCCCGAACUGCCCGCCGGAGCUGCGUGCUCGCGUUCUUGACGCGCUAGAGACCUACAUCGUGCCCGCUACCGCGCAGCUCAGUGAGCGACGACCUCUUACGGAGGAGGACUGGGCUACGGGGCUACCUGAUGUCGGCGAGGAGACACCGCUUUUGGAUUUGCUGCUUAAGCAAUCACACAACGCGAAGCUCAACCCGGACGACAAGCCGAGGAUUGCAAAGCUCAUUAGCCACGCACUGGAACAGUCUGCCGUGAACAACAGCCGCUGGAUAGACCUCUUCCUCAAGAAGAACAACUUCACAACAGGCACCGGUGAACCCUUACCCAGAUGGCCAGUGAGCCCCAGCGUACUUGAACGGUUUGCCACAGGUUGGAUAAGUUACAUGCCGGCCUCGCUCUUUGAGAUGCUGCGCGACAUCGUGCUCUUCAACCUCGACCCGCCGCCAGAGAUUGCAAGCGCCACAAAAGCGAUUAAGAAGAAUCACGAUUUAGUCGCCUCCAACGCAGGCAAGCACUGGCUGCGGCAAUUCGACCAGCCUGGAGCAGCGGCAUUCGGGCUCGGCCUCCAGUUCGCCGCGCUCCAGCUACAGCGUCCCAAAGAAGAGGUUGUCCCGAAACAACUGGGAGAAGGGGAGGGGGUGACCGUCCGCAUGAUGCAGGAUCUGGUGCGCGAGGCCGCGGCACGGCUCAUCUCCAAGGGCGACUUCGAGACGCUUGAUGACUUGAUCAACCGGUUGCGCCAGAACAGGUUCCACGGGCGCGGGGAGUGGGAGAGCUGGCGGGACAACUGCGUCCCCCUGACGCGGGACAUAAUCGCCAUGGUCGAGGACGUCCGCUUGCGGAAGGAGAAAAAGAAGAAGAAGACCGAAGGCGCCGAUGCGGCGGGACGUCCGCUUGACCUGCCCAACAAGUUCCAGCUGAGCCUUGCCGUGCUUCCUAUCCCUUGCUCUUCGCCCAAGCAGCCGGCGUCGGCCGAGGAUAUCGAUGCCCUCGUAUCGGAGUUGUCGGCUCACAUUGACCGGCUGGCUACCCGCCGCUUACCUUACCACGGCGACUUCACGCGUCUGAAGGACGAGGUCAUGAGAACGCCUAAGAAGGAAGAUUUCACGCGGGUCGCUCUACGCUUGGGUCGUUUGAACGAUGUCAUGACUGCCGAGGAGCCGUCGUUGGCGGAUUACCUGCGUCUUGAGCUCGUUGGAGAUUUGCUAAUCAAGGCUGAUCAUCCGGCGGACAAGACGGUCGUGGCAGAUGUGCAGGAUAUGGUACGCGACUGGAUGGAAUGUCAAGACGAGACUUUGAGGGGGAUGGGAGUGACUUUCGAGGACAGGUUGAGGUGGUACAAGAAGCCUUGGGCUGUGUUGGGUUGA